AACAACUUCCUGGUUUGGCUCAGAGGCUUGAGAAACACUCUAGGGGUCUGGAGGAGCUUUCAAGCUGCUUUAUUUGGGUUACUCCCCGAGACCGGGCACUUGUGGUGUAGACGUAGACCUACCAAGGGCUAAAAGUGGCUUCUCUUGCCCCUCAAGGUCAGGACCGUCUGCUCAGAAGGAAGCCGGUCUCCCAGCUGCCCCCAGGCCAUUCCCACAGCAGCUCGGAUGGUGGGUCAAGAGGCUGUGCCCUGCCCCCCUGGAACUCGGUCAAGUGGACCACCCAGCUGUAUGAAGGGAAGAUAAUCCUUCACUUCUCCACAGGGCAGGCUGACGAUGGCUAAUUACACGUUGGCCCCGGAGGAUAACUAUGACGUCCUCAUAGAGGGGGACCUGAAUGACGACGAAAUAGAAACGUGCCACCCAUACGACGCCAAGGUUCUCUUGAGCCGGGUGGUCCCCAGGCUCUUCAUCCCUGUGCUCCUGGCCGGACUGCUAGGCAAUAUCUUGACUGUGCUCAUCCUGGCGAAGCACAAAGGACUCAGGCGCACGGAAAAUGUCUAUUUCCUAAACCUGGCAGUUUCGAAUUUAUGUUUCUUGCUCUCCUUGCCUCUCUGGGCCUACACCGCGUCCCAUGGGGGGGUUCUGGGCAGCCCCGUGUGUAAAACUCUCGUCGUAUUUUCCUCCAUAGGCCUGUACAGUGAGGCUUUUUUCAACGUCCUUCUGACCGUGCAAAGGUACCUGGUGUCUUGCAACAUGAGAAGGUUUCCCCCGACCAGGACGGUGCGCUGCAACAUCGCCUCGACUGUUCUGGUGUGGGGCCUGGCCACGCUGGUCAUUUUGCCUGAAUCCGUGUUUUACAAACCUCAGACGGAGAGCCAGAAAUACGAGUGCUUUGUUAGCAGCCCUCCCUUCCUGCCAGCUGAGGAGACUUUCUGGAAGCAUUUUCUGACCCUGAAGAUGAACAUCCUGGGCCUUCUUUUCCCAAUGUGCGUUCUCACGUUUUGCUACACGCGUUUGCGAAAAACGCUGAGCUUUAGGGGGAGGAGGUAUGACCCUCACAAGCUCGUGUUUGCCAUAGUGGUUGUUUUCCUCCUGAUGUGGGGCCCCUACAAUAUCGCACUUUUCCUGUCCGCGUUCAGAGAGCGUUUCUCCCUGCACGACUGUCAGAGCAACUACCACCUGGACAGAAGCGUUCAGAUCGUGAGGAUCGUCGCCGCCACCCACUGCUGCGUCAACCCCGUGCUCCACGCGGUCCUCGACACCACGUUCCGAAGACACCUCUGCCGCCUGUGCUGUCUGCGGGGUGACAGUCCGCUUCGGGGCGCUGAGGGCUCCGCACAAGACGCGUCAGUGGAGGAACAUGACGAUUCCACCAGAGUGUAAACAGGCUUCCGUCAACGGCGGGAUAAAUAAACAUCGGGUUUUGUAUUGCUGCA